AUGAUCGAGGAACCCCUAAACCCCGGCCACUACAACAUCAGCCAGGCAGUUUCCGAGACGGUGCCGGCCGCCACGGUGCCCCUCUUGCUGCUGAUGGGGUUCCUUUUCCUCAUGUGGAGCCUCGAAGAGACCUCGUCCAUCCCAGGACCCGGCUACUGUAUGGGGAUCGGCCCGCUUAUAUCGCACUGGAGGUUUCUUUGGAUGGGCGUGGGCAGCGCCUGCAACUACUACAACAGGAUGUACGGGGAAUUCAUGAGAGUCUGGAUCAACGGAGAAGAGACCCUCAUUAUUAGCAAAUCUUCAAGCAUGUUCCACGUCAUGAAACACGGACACUACAUCUCCAGAUUUGGGAGCAAGCUCGGCUUGAAGUGCAUCGGCAUGCACGAAAACGGCAUCAUAUUUAACAACAACCCGGCGCUUUGGAGAGAAAUCCGGCCCUUCUUCACCAAAGCUCUGUCAGGUCCGGGCCUUGUGAGGAUGAUAGCGAUUUGCGUCGACUCGACGAGAGAACACCUGGAUCAUCUAGAGGAGAUGACGACCGAGUUGGGGUACAUCGACGCCCUGAAUCUGAUGAGGUGUAUCAUGCUGGACACUUCAAACAGGCUUUUUCUGGGGAUUCCUCUCGAUGAAAACGCCAUCGUGCUAAAGAUCCAAAACUACUUCGACGCUUGGCAAGCCCUUCUGCUGAAACCCGACAUCUUCUUCAAGAUUUCAUGGCUCUACAAGAAAUACGAGAAGUCUGCGAAGGAUUUGAAAGAAGCCAUCGAAAUCUUAAUCGAGCAGAAACGGCAAAAGCUUUCCACUGUCGAGAGACUGGAGGAGCACGUGGACUUUGCGUCGCAGCUGAUUUUUGCACAGAGCCGCGGGGAACUAACGGGGGAGAACGUGAACCAGUGUGUCUUGGAGAUGCUGAUAGCUGCCCCGGAUACUCUCUCGGUGACCCUCUUCUUCAUGCUGGCCCUGAUUGCUGAAUACCCUCACGUGGAAGAGGCAAUGAUGAAGGAAAUACAGACGGUGAUGGGUGACAGAGACAUCCAGACCGAAGACAUGCCGAAGCUCAAAGUGGUGGAGAGUUUCAUUCACGAGAGCAUGAGAUACCAGCCGGUUGUGGACUUGGUCAUGCGCAAAGCCUUGCGGGACGACGUGAUCGACGGCCAUCCUGUGAAGAAAGGGACCAACAUCAUUCUGAACAUUGGACGGAUGCACAAACUUGAGUUCUUCCCAAAGCCGAACGAAUUCUCUCUUGAAAAUUUUGAGAAAAGCGUCCCCCAUCGCUACUUCCAGCCGUUUGGGUUCGGUCCCCGCGGUUGCGUCGGGAAGUUCAUCGCCAUGGUCAUGAUGAAGGCCAUCCUUGUCUCUCUCCUCCGAAGAUGCAGCAUCCAGACUCUGAAAGGCAAAGGUCUCCACCACAUCCCGAAAAACAACGACUUGUCCCUGCACCCGAACGAACGGCAGCCCUUGCUCGAGAUGGUUUUCGUACCAAGAAGGAAGAUGGCCGAGGACCAGGAGAGCCAAUAG